GAGGGGGGUUGGCCUAGGUGGUCCGGAGCGGCAGCAAAGGAGGAAGAUGGCGGGGUGCAGGGGGUCCGUGUGCUGCUGCUGCCGGUGGUGUUGCUGCUGCGGUGAACGGGAGAGCCGCACCCCCGAGGAGCUGACCAUCCUUGGGGAGACACAGGAAGAAGAGGAUGAGAUUCUUCCAAGGAAAGACUAUGAGAGUCUGGACUAUGACCGCUGCAUCAAUGACCCUUACCUGGAGGUGUUGGAGACCAUGGAUAAUAAGAAAGGGCGAAGAUACGAGGCGGUGAAGUGGAUGGUGGUGUUCGCCAUUGGCGUCUGUACGGGGCUGGUGGGUCUCUUUGUGGACUUUUCCGUGCGACUCUUCACCCAACUGAAGUUCGGAGUGGUUCAAACGUCGGUGGAGGAAUGCAGUCAGAAGGGCUGCCUUGCCCUGUCCCUCCUGGAGCUCCUGGGCUUUAACUUGACCUUUGUCUUCCUGGCAAGCCUUCUUGUCUUGAUAGAGCCAGUGGCAGCAGGUUCUGGAAUCCCCGAGAUCAAGUGCUACCUGAAUGGUGUGAAAGUGCCAGGAAUUGUCCGGCUCCGGACCCUGCUCUGCAAAGUCUUUGGGGUGCUGUUCAGUGUGUCUGGAGGGCUCUUUGUGGGGAAAGAAGGCCCCAUGAUCCACAGUGGUGCUGUGGUAGGAGCUGGCCUCCCUCAGUUCCAGAGCAUCUCCUUACGGAAGAUCCAGUUUAACUUCCCCUACUUCCGCAGCGACAGAGACAAGCGUGACUUUGUGUCAGCGGGGGCAGCUGCUGGCGUUGCUGCAGCUUUUGGGGCCCCUAUAGGGGGCACCUUGUUCAGUCUGGAGGAGGGUUCAUCCUUCUGGAACCAGGGGCUCACGUGGAAAGUGCUCUUCUGUUCCAUGUCCGCCACCUUCACCCUCAACUUCUUCCGCUCUGGGAUUCAGUUUGGAAGUUGGGGUUCCUUCCAGCUGCCUGGAUUGCUGAACUUUGGUGAAUUUAAGUGCUCUGACUCUGAUAAAAAAUGUCAUCUCUGGACAGCUAUGGAUUUGGGUUUCUUCGUCGUGAUGGGGGUCAUUGGGGGCCUCCUGGGAGCCACAUUCAACUGUCUGAACAAGAGGCUUGCAAAGUACCGUAUGCGCAACGUGCACCCGAAACCUAAGCUCGUCAGAGUCUUAGAGAGCCUCUUGGUGUCCCUGGUGACCACUGUGGUGGUGUUUGUGGCCUCCAUGGUGUUAGGAGAAUGCCGACAGAUGUCUUCCACGAGUCAAACCGGUAAUGGCUCAUUCCAGCUCCAGGUCACAUCAGAAGAUGUGAAUUCAACUAUCAAGGCUUUUUUCUGUCCCAAUGACACUUACAAUGACAUGGCCACACUCUUCUUCAACUCCCAGGAGUCUGCCAUCCUGCAGCUCUUCCAUCAGGAUGGGACUUUCAGCCCCGUCACCCUGGCCUUAUUCUUCAUCCUCUAUUUCCUGCUCGCAUGCUGGACUUUUGGCACAUCUGUCCCCAGUGGCCUCUUCGUGCCUUCCCUGCUGUGUGGAGCAGCUUUUGGACGUUUAGUUGCCAAUGUCCUGAAAAGCUACAUUGGACUGGGCCACCUCUAUUCUGGGACCUUUGCCCUGAUUGGUGCGGCAGCUUUCUUGGGUGGGGUUGUAAGGAUGACCAUCAGCCUCACAGUCAUCCUGAUCGAGUCUACAAAUGAGAUCACCUAUGGGCUUCCGAUCAUGGUCACUCUGAUGGUGGCCAAGUGGACUGGAGACUUGUUCAACAAGGGCAUUUAUGACGUCCAUAUUGGGCUGAGAGGUGUGCCUCUUCUGGAGUGGGAGACAGACGUGGAAAUGGACAAGCUGAGAGCCAGUGACAUCAUGGAGCCCAACCUGACGUACGUCUACCCGCACACUCGCAUCCAGUCUCUGGUGAGCAUCCUGCGCACUACGGUCCACCAUGCCUUCCCAGUGGUCACGGAGAACCGGGGCAACGAGAAGGAGUUCAUGAAGGGCAACCAGCUCAUAAGCAACAACAUCAAGUUCAAGAAAUCCAGUAUCCUGACCCGUGCUGGUGAGCAGCGCAAGCGGGGCCAGUCCAUGAAGUCGUACCCUUCCAGCGAGCUGCGCAACGUGUGUGAUGAGCAUGUGGCUUCUGAGGAGCCGGCAGAGAAGGAGGACCUGCUACAGCAGAUGCUGGAGAGGAGAUACACUCCCUACCCCAACCUAUACCCUGACCAGUCCCCGAGUGAAGACUGGACCAUGGAGGAGCGUUUCCGUCCGCUGACCUUUCACGGCCUUGUCCUGCGCUCUCAGCUUGUCACCCUGCUUGUCCGAGGAGUGUGCUAUUCGGAAAGUCAGUCCAGUGCCAGCCAACCACGUCUUUCUUACGCUGAGAUGGCUGAGGACUACCCGCGAUACCCGGACAUACAUGACCUGGACCUCACACUGCUGAAUCCCCGAAUGAUUGUGGAUGUCACCCCAUAUAUGAAUCCUUCACCAUUUACCGUCUCCCCCAACACCCAUGUUUCUCAAGUGUUCAACCUGUUCAGAACCAUGGGCCUGCGCCACUUGCCUGUGGUGAAUGCAGUAGGAGAGAUCGUGGGGAUCAUUACACGGCACAACCUGACAAAUGAAUUCCUGCAGGCCCGGCUGCGGCAGCAUUACCAGACCCUCUGACAGUUGCACCCGGCUGAAGCCAGCCCACUCUCCCAGAGGUGCCUCUGCAGGUGGCCCGCUCACUUACUGGCCCCCACAGCCGGCAUGAAGGCUCCCACUCACCCGUUUGCUCAGAUGCCUGGAGUCCUGGAAGAUGGGGGUCAGAAGUUUUUGGGGAUGUGUUGAGUAGGAAGUUGGGGUUUUACUAACUUCCUCUGUAAGAAUCUUCCAUUCCCCAGCUCCCCUAAGGAGACGUCAGGGUGCCGUCGGGCUGGAUCCUAGGUGGACACUUGGUACCUCUCUGUUGCUGUUUCUUGGAGAGCCCAGCUCUUGCCCAGACCCUCCCGGGAAGGUGUUGGACUGAGGCAAACAUUGAGGAUGUUAUUUGCAUAUCAUGUUCAUUACUAGGUUCAAGAAUUGGGCACUAAGAACUGUUCCCCAUGUUUGGGGAGGCCUGGGAUCAGAACCAAGACUUCAGAUACAUUCUGCCUCUUCAUUGGCCCAACUUUCUUCUCCUUCUGUUUCCUAGGAGCGGGUUCAUGCUCUGACCCCGUGGCUUGAAUGUCUUUAGACUCAUUCCUGACCAGAUCCUUGAUGCACUAAAAUUCCAGCUAACAGCCUUUGAAGCAUUAAAUCCCACCACAGGGGGACAGCUUCUCCCUUCUGUGAACAUUCAGUAGUCCCCACUCACUGAUUACACCUGUUCUCCCAGUGACACACGCUCUCCUCCCAUUGUCAUUCCUUUCCUCUCUACAACUACUCGACUUUCUAAGCCUUCAUCUGUCUUCCUGGUGGGACAGCCACAACUUUAUCUUGGAUUCAUUCCCAAAGUCAACCAAAAUUGAGGAACCCCUAGACAGAACCACUACCAGAGUCCUGGUGAAUUUGAGAUCACUCUACAAGCUGGCAAGCAAGCUGUCCUGAGCCAGGACCGACCAAAGGUCCAACCUUAGGAGAAAGCCAAUGGCCCCUGUUGUGGUCGCUACUCGAGCCCAGCUUCCCAGUGCACUCCCGACUCGGCCUCUUCCCGAGGACUUGUAGGGGAACCUGUGUGGCUGCUGGUCUCGGGGCCCAGGUAGGAGUGGGAUGCUCUUGCCCUUGUGCUUCAUUACUUCAUGGCUUCUUUCUCUCCUGGCUGCUGGUCCUCUCGGAACCAACAUCUGAGUAGGGACAUUUGCAUUCAUCUUCCUGCAACCCAAGGCCCUUGUGGCAGCUGUUCUUUGGAUACAUGUGGCAUUCAUUUGUUUUAGAUUCUUUUUAAAUCAUGGAACUUGGUGGUAGGCAUCUGUGAUACGCUUGGCUUCUAGUAGUGUGGCCACCAGGCCUGGCAGAGUCCUCUGACCAGCACUCGGGAAAUUGUUCCACGGCCAUGGUCAGGGGCUACCUUGGAUCUUUAGGGCUGACAGUGACCCUGGCCCUCUGUUUUCCCCAUUUGCUUACCUUUUUACCAGAAAGAGCUUGACUUACUCUGUUUUCAACUUCUGACUGGGGGUUGGGAGUGGGGUGGGGGUUGAAACUCUUCCCAAGUAGUUGGGAAAAUAGCUAAGCAUGGUUGUGUUUGGCCGCUGCCAGCUUCAUUUUAUGGCUGAUUUCAAUUCCUGCCCUGCUGUGUGCUCUAUCAAGAAGAAAACCAGUUGCUCCCACUAAGAGAAAAGUGUGACACACCACAGAACUGUCUUCCCAGCCUGGUGGGUUUGCAGAAUUGUAGCCUGUGGAGGACCUCAGUCCACAGCUUCCCUGCCUCCAAGCCAGUCCUGUUGUGAUUUGUCCAUCGAGUGUGUGUGUGUGUGUGUGUGACCAUCAGUUUAGCCCAGAGUGGACAGGGUCCAGGCAUACCCACCCUGGCCCAUGCUCCUCUAGGACACUCAGUUUUCUGGGUCCCUGCUGAACCUGCCUUUCCAGAAAAGCCCAAAGACAACAGCUUUUUCACCUGUGAACUAUAACUAAGCCGUGGACCCCUCCACCCAUGGCAGUCCCUUCGAACUAGUGGCUCAGUCUCUUACUUGUCGAAGCUUGGUCCCCCACCCCAUCCCCCAAUGCACCACAGCACCUUGUCAGACACAGUUCCAUGGGGGGUCACUGAGGUUGGCUUGAGGCAGUUUCCUGGCUGGCUUCUGCGCCUGGGCAUUUGUGUGGCUCCGGUACUGCUGUGGGAGUUGGGUAUUUUAUGAGAUGUCUGCAUGUGACCUUGUUAAGCAGUUCCAGCUGGGACGGACAUUAGCUUGACUCAGCUAGCCAUGUGACAGUUUGAUGCAGACCUUGGUGACAAGAAAGCUUCCGGAGAGGCCAGCCCAGCCUUCCUGGCCCAGCCAUGUUGACAAGGAGAGUUGCCCUUGGCUCCUGUGGACCUCAGAGACUGUCCAGUUGCAGCUUCCGCCUUUCGGUCAUACUGUGUUUAUACGGUAACAUUAGCUGAUUCCACUGUGUAGAUAAAUGGUAUCUUUUUUAAUUUGUAAAAGUCUAUUUUUAUUUGGCCCUUUGGAAGGUGGACGUUCUUGUGGUCACUCUUAAGUCAGAAUAAAAAUGUCUGCACCUUCUCUGUA